AUGAUGCAGAGCAGAUUGAUUCAGAGAUUGGAGUUGUAUGUCGAAGUAUCCGACGAUAUCUCGAGGAGUCAGGCUUGGGAUCUUGGCAGCAUGUUCACCGCGAAGGCAAUAUGGCAGCGCAUUGUAUUGCUCAUUCGGAGUCGCGUUGGGACGAACGAGUAG